CAUCGUUCCUGUGUACCCUAAUACCAGGAUCACACCCUCUUCCCUUGCAGAGAUGGGUGACAUGGAGUCCUACAAGGUGAUGCUGAACGGGCCGGCGCCCUGGGGCUUCAGGCUGCAGGGCGGGAAGGAUUUCAGCAUGCCACUCUCCAUCUCCAGGCUGACGCCCGGUGGGAAGGCGGCCCAGGCCGGUGUGGGAGUGGGUGACUGGGUGCUGUACAUCGACGGGGAGAGCACCAGCUCCAUGACGCACAUCGAGGCCCAGAACAGGAUCCGUGCCUGUGGGGACAGGCUCUGCCUCACCCUGAGCAGAGCCCAGAACCACCUGGGGAAGCCGCAGAAGGACUCACUCCCCUGCUCUGAACCCCUGAAAUAUAACUUCGCUCCCAGCACCGCCCUCAACAAAACAGCUCGGCCCUUUGGGGCCGGCUCGCCUCCGAACCCACGGCCCGGGCAGCCCCCGCAGCCGCUGGAGCCCCCCAGCACCCCCGUGUGCGACCCUGUGAAGUUGCGGCUGAUAGAGGAUGCUGAGGACUGGCAGCCCCAUACCGGGACCUCCCAGUCCCGUUCCUUCCGCAAACUGGCCCGGCUGAUGGGCACAGACAGCAUGGAGGAUCGUGAGGAUGAGCUUGUUAAAAAGCCCAGGUCCCCACACCGGGACCUCCCAGUCCCGCUCCUUCCGCAAACUGGCCCGGCUGAUGGGCACAGAUGGCACCAGGUCUCCGUGCUGGACCCAUCCCCGGGAGCAGCAAUGAAGACUGAGCCGGGACUGGGCCCCAGGACCCCCGCCGCCACCCCUGGCCCUGCCAGUCGCCCGCCCUGGGCUGUGGACCCCUCGUUUGCUGAGCGCUAUGCCCCGGACAAGACGAGCACGGUGGUGAGCAAGCACAGCCAGCCGGCCACGCCGACCCCCAUGCAGAACCGCAGCUCCAUCGUGCAGGCAGCCCAGCAAGUCCCCGAAGGGCCCGGCCGCACACCCCUCUGCUACAAGUGCAACAAGGUCAUCAGGGGACGCUACCUGGUGGCGCUGGGACAUUAUUACCACCCCGAGGAGUUCACCUGCUGCCAGUGCAGGAAGGUGCUGGAUGAGGGCGGCUUCUUUGAGGAGAAAGGCUCCAUCUUCUGCCCCAAGUGCUACGACACGCGUUACGCACCCAGCUGCGCCAAGUGCAAGAAGAAGAUCACUGGGGAGGUCAUGCACGCACUGAAGAUGACCUGGCACGUGCAGUGCUUCACGUGCGCUGCCUGCAAAACUCCCAUCCGUAACCGUGCCUUCUACAUGGAGGAGGGACAGCCCUACUGCGAGAGAGACUACGAGAAGAUGUUUGGCACCAAGUGCCGUGGCUGUGACUUCAAGAUCGAUGCUGGGGACCGGUUCCUGGAGGCGCUGGGGUUCAGCUGGCAUGACACUUGCUUCGUCUGUGCGAUCUGCCAGACCAACCUGGAAGGGAAGACGUUCUACUCCAAGAAGGACAAGCCGCUCUGCAAGAGCCAUGCUUUCUCCCACGUGUGAGGGGCGGGAGUUCAGUUGUGCCCACGCGUGCCCCUGGCCCUGCAUGCUCCUCUCCCCCCCCUGCCCCCGCCCCAACCUCCGCUGACCCCAGGGAGCCAGGCUGGGCCCUCACCCCUUCCCCUUGCUCCUGCCUCUUUCCUAGCAGCUCCUGGUCCAGCUCCAGCAAGAGGCAGUGCUGGGUCCUGAGCCCCUUAUAGCUGGGUGGCUUCUUCUGCACCCCCUAACUGGCACUAGGAGCCCCGGUAAGGGGACGCUGCAUGGGUCUCCUGCUCCCCAGCCACACAGUGUGGUAGCCACGGCCGUACCGAGGCUGGCACAGCAGGGCUGCUCCCUUGCUUAGCUGGGGCCCAGGUGCCUGGCAGCUCAGUGCCGGGGCAGGGAUGCUCCUAUAGAACAUCCCUAAGAGGGUGAAGACCAGCCCCCUGCCAAGCUCUCCCUGCCUUCCCUGCUGCGUGCUUAGUGUGUGGGGCUGGAGACCCGGCCCUGCUCCCCUGCCAGGGCCCUACCUGCACAACCCCCCGGCCACCCUGCAGCCUGCUGCGGUGGCUUCCUACCCCAGCUGAGUGCCAGAGGGGUCUGUGCCUCGUGUCCCCCAACCCAGCUGGCCUGCUGCUCCCCUGGGGCUGGCGUGCGGCAGCACCCCCAGCCCAGCCGUGCCGGGGAGCAGGGCAGCGUGCCAAGCCCACCCCAGCCAUGGGCUGGCAGUGUGUGCUGAUGGCCGGCCGGCUGGCCGGCUCCCGCAAGGCUCGGGCACGGCUUCCUACCAAAGAGUGCUCUGCCACCGCCGUCCCAGGCCUGUAAAUGCCUCUCCCAAACCCACAC